GAAGGUCUGACGGUCAAGCUUCUCCCUCAUCAGGUCGAGGGUGUCUCCUGGAUGAUUGACAAGGAAAUCGGAGAGCGCAAGAAGAACGGAGUCCUACCCAAGGGGGGUAUCCUCGCCGACGACAUGGGUCUAGGCAAGACUGUUCAGUCCGUUAGCUUGAUUCUUCUCAAUCCUCGUCCGGAGCUUGAUGCUAAGCCGCCCCCUGAGAAUCCUAAACGCAAAAUGCCUGGAAAGGAAGUCGGCAAAGGUACGCUUGUCGUGGCUCCUCUUGCUCUUAUUCGUCAGUGGGAGAGCGAGAUCAAGACCAAGGUCGAGAAGAGCCACGCACUACGCGUGUUGGUUCAUCACGGUCCUUCGAGAACAAAAUUCGCUGCAGAGCUUAAAAAGUACGACGUUGUGGUCACAACCUAUCAAAUCCUUGCAUCUGAGUUCGCUGGUUCCUCUGACCAUCCGGACGGUGCAAAGGUCGGCUGCUAUGGCGUUCACUGGUACCGUGUGAUCCUGGAUGAAGCACACUCAAUAAAAAACCGCAACGCAAAAUCAACACAAGCUACCUAUGGUUUGCGAAGUUGGUACAGAUGGUGCUUGACUGGCACGCCCAUGCAAAACAACCUCGAUGAGCUACAAAGUUUGAUCUGUUUCUUGCAGAUCAAGCCAUACAACAAUCUUGCCACCUGGAAAGAGCAAAUCACAAUCCCGAUGAAGAAUGGCAAAGGAAAUUAUGCCAUCAAACGCAUUCAAUACUUCCUCAAGGGCUUCAUGAAACGUCGAACCAAAGACAUCCUCAAGGAAGACGGUGCCCUCAGUUUUGGUGGCAAGUCGAAGACUGGUCAAAAGAAGGGUACUGGAAUGAAGAUUGUCGAACGCAGGGUCGAAACUAUCGUUUGCGAACUUGAUCCCAAGGAACGCGACUUCUACGACCAGCUCCAGGAGAGAGCACAGAAGCGCCUCGACGACAUGAUGGGCGGGGAGAAGACCGACUACAUUGGAGCUCUUGUCUUGCUUCUGAGACUUCGUCAAGCUUGCAAUCACCCCGAGCUUGUUUCCGGAUCGAUGGGCAAAGACAAGGAUGCGCUAUCUACAGGACAGCCCAACCCUAGCCAGACACCACGCAAAACCUCCGCUGCUAGCAGCCAAGACAAUGAAAUCGACGCCCUUGCUGACAUGUUUGGAGGUAUGGGCGUUCAGGUCAAAGACUGCGAUAUUUGCAGCAUCCGACUUCUUCCAGCAGAGGACGCAUCCGAGGAGGAAGAAGGAGACGUCUCAUAUUCUGGCCCUACCGGUGUCGAGGCGGCUUCGACAAAGAUUCGUCGCUUGCUGCGCAUAUUACACGCCGAAUCCUCUGAGCACAAGACCAUCGUCUUCUCGCAGUUCACCAGUAUGCUGGAUCUGAUCGAACCGCAUUUGCAGAAGUCUGCAAUUCGCUACGUUCGUUACGAUGGUGGUAUGCGCAAUGAUGCUCGCGAAGCUUCUCUCAACUCUCUGCGCAACGAUCCAAAGACUCGCGUACUGCUUUGCUCGCUCAAGUGUGGUUCGCUGGGCUUGAACUUGACAGCUGCAUCGCGUGUUGUUCUCAUCGAGCCUUUUUGGAACCCAUUCGUCGAGGAACAGGCAAUCGAUCGUGUGCACCGCCUCAACCAGACUGUUGACGUACACGUCUACAAACUUACUGUUGGCAACACAGUCGAGGAGCGCAUCAUCGAGCUGCAAGAGAAGAAACGCGAGUUGGCAAAGGCAGCCAUCGAAGGUGGUAAGGCCGUGGCUAAGCUCACCAUGAAGGACAUCAUGAGUCUGUUC